AGCGGAGCGCGUGUCUGUCGUGAGACCCAGGGAGCUGGGCUGCAGGAGAGCCUCAGCGACGUCCAGCGAGCUCGGGCUGCAUACUGGGGUAACGUCAGCCUCUCUCUUUGCAUGAGCGUUGCACGUCAUGGUGGUGGUGGGUGGGCAGACGUGUACGCAUCUCGUCGGAAGCGGUUCAAGGUGGCCGGCCAGAGACGGGUCAUGCGGCCAGCUUUCCAGGCGAUGUCAUCAGAGCAGCAACCUAGACCUUGGGUUUGGGGAAGCUGGUGACACCCCG